UAUAAAACAAAAAUGUCUGAAAUCAACCCUAAACUUCAAAACGAGUCUGAAGCAUCGACCUAUGUGGCUAGUCUUGGUGAUAGACCUGCUUUGUUUGCUUUAACCGGUCUUCUUGCCUCAUUUCCUGUGGUUAAAAUCUUCGCCUCUAAUAGCAUUCCCUUGAUGAUGUCUAGAAAUAGAUCUCAGAACAAGGGUAGAGGAACAGUCUAAACCCUAUAUGGGAAUAUAUUUACAAAGUCAUAGUUUUUUUAGAA